AGUCAACAAUGGCAGAGCCUGAAAGCACCAUCCUAAACACCGAUGUGAAACAGAAAGACCCCAGUGAGGCACUGGUCAUUGCAGUGACCACCAGAGCCAUCUUCAACCUGGAGAAGGAGCACAAGCUCUACCUGGAGAAAGGCAAGGAGGAGUACACAAGGCACCAGCAGGCCAACCAGGACAAGCCCCUGCCACCAGGCACAGCGUUCGCCUUCAUCCAGGCAGCACAGUAUGUGAACGAGAAGAUCCUGGAGAGCAACCCAGCAGAGAAGGACCUCUUUGACAUCCUGGUGCUCUCCAACAACAGCCCAGAGAGUGGUGUGCGCAUCAUCAACAGUGCCAAGCACUAUGGCCUGGAGAUCUCCAAAUUCUGCUUCGUCAGUGAUGAGGACUCCACGCAGUACCUGAAGUCCCACGGGGUCAAGCUCUUCCUCUCAGCCGACAGAAUAGAUGUCUGCAAUGCCCUCCGGAGAGGUGUCUCGGCAGCGCUUGUCUUCCAGCAGCAGGUGCAGGCCCCCAGCACCCCGCUCCGCAUUGUGUUCGAUGGGGAUGCCGUGCUCUUCUCCGACGAGACGGACCAGGUCUUCCGGGAGCGGGGGCUGGAGGGGGCAGCACAGUAUGAGCGGGUGAUGGAGGCCGUGCCCAUGGGAGAGGGUCCCCUGAAGGCUUUUGCCAUGCACCUUGGGAAGAUGCGCAAGAAGUUCAGCCAGGAAAAAUCCCCCAUCCGCACCUACCUGGUGACUGCCCGCAGCGGCCGGGACAUGGGCAUUCGAGCCAUCAAGACACUCCGGGAGUGGGGUCUGGCCAUUGAUGAGGCUUUCUUCAUGGACGGGGCUCCCAAGGGCCCCAUCCUCGCCCAGAUCCAGCCCCACAUUUUCUUUGAUGACGGCCUUCAUAACAUCCAAGGGGCUCAAGACAUGGGUGUACCCUCUGCCUGGGUCCCUUCCUGCUGCUGA